GCGUGUGUCCAGGGUCGUGUGUCGGGGGAGGGGCGGAGGGACGAGCGGACGGGGGGCGGACGGUAAGGGAACGGACGGUCGCCGUGAAGCGUGACCCUCACACCGCCACGAGACGCCGCGCCGCACGGUACUGUCGCGUGCCCGCUGCGUGUGUGUAGCCUACUUGUACGUUACGUGUGUGUGUAGGUGUGCGUGUGCCACGGCCACGCCCACUCACCUGGCACCACGCAUCCACCCGUGCCACAACGAGCCUGAACACCUGUACACCCGCCCACCACGACCCACAAGACACCUGUGCCCUGACACCUGUACAAACACCUUCGACGAUCCCAAGAUUCCCGCGCCGAGACACUUGCCUACACGCUUGGCACUACACGCCCACAACCUGUGCACCAACGGCCCUCCACGCCUUUAGCUACACGUUCAGUACAACCCCCAACAGUCCUGCUCCUUGACACCUGUCCAUACGCCGCACACCUGCGCGCACGGCACCUUCACGGCCACCUGUUCCCUCUGUGACGCAGCACUCAGCCAUCAUGGGCGUGCAGCAGCAACAGCAGGAAGGCGCCGCCCUCAAGCCUCACAGACCUUCCAAGCCUGUGAGCGAGGCCCGAAGGAUCCGCAAGCCCCUGAUGGAGCGGAAACGGCGCGAGAGGAUCAACACGAGCCUCAACGACCUCGCGGAGCUGCUGACGGAGGCAAAGAUGGUGCGGCCUGACGCUGCCGCCGCGGGUAGUGGCGGCAGCGGCGGUGGCGGCGGCAGUGGCGCAGGGCGGGCUGCCAAGCUGGAGAAGGCAGACAUUCUGGAGCUGACCGUCAAACACAUCAAACGUUGA